ACAUUAUUUUAUAAAUUAGACCAUAGUCAUAUCAGUGGUAACAAAUUUCGAAAACAUUCUAUCGUUUUAAAACCUACUGUAUUUGACGUUCGAAACUUUGGAUAAAUUUAAGUUCUGAUUAGCAUAUUAUUCAAAUUCAGAUAAAUAAGAAGGUGAAGUUUAGAAAAUUUGUGUACUAUUUUGAAUGGUCGUGAAUAAAUGUUGGAUUAACCAAGAAAAAAAAAACAAUGAAGGUUUAAAAAAUAAUCAGAAAUGAUUUUUUUCAGAUGUUUGAGUCUAAAGUUGAGAUAGAAUUAUGUUGUGUUGCAGUGUUGCAGAAUGUUCAGACGAAAUUUGUCAAAUAUAAACUUAGUCUAUCUUUAUAAACGGGUUAAAACACAAAAUGGAACAAAUGUAUGCACGUGACCUUUUGUUAUUGCUUUAUGAUAUUGUCAUAUGACUGGUGGUGAGACAUUGUAUUGGAUUUCCAGUGUUUGCAGAUGGUCGUCUGCUGACAGCGUAUAAAAACUGAAUGGAUUCCUGUCACUCUUUGAUUAUUUAAAACGGUAGAGUCAAGCAUGAGUCCAUUGAAACUACACUGUGUUACAAACAUUUAUGAAUAAAACCAAUUCUGCAUGACAUUUAACAUGAAUUCGAAGUUUUAAAAUCACGAUUUAAAUUUUAUUAAAAGUCAUGGAGCUUGCUUUCAUGUUGUUCCUACUUCUCAUCUUCGAUGGAGUAGAUGCAGAGACACAGUUACUUUGUAACAUGCAUUGCACGUGCAAAAUGACAGAUUCAGACAAUUUGCUUGUAACAUGUACUGGUAAAGGCAUCAAAGAUGUACUAACAGAUCUUCCAACAAGUACUACAAAACUGUACUUCAGUGGUACGAAUAUUCGGACUUUACAAAAAGGCGCAUUUGCAAUAUACCCAUUCCUCACUGAACUAUUCUUUCGAGACACAGCAUCUGAACCAUGUAAGCUCGAAACUAUUGAGGCAGGGGCCUUUGAUGGUCUACCGAGGUUAGAAACACUGGGAAUGAUUGGAUGCGGACAUCUUACAUCUAUUGGUUCCGGAGUACUCACAACUUUUCAAAAUCUUGAAACACUACAUAUAUACAGGAGUGGGCUAAAAGCUGUUCCAGAUUUGUCACAAUUUAGAACACUAAACCCAGAUAUGAACGGCAUUAUGAUUGAAAUUGAUUUCCACAACAACCGGAUCGCCAAAAUACACACAGAGGACUUUUUCGGUGUCAAAACUGAUUUGUUGAAAUUAGAAGAGAACCAAAUUAAAAAGAUAGAAGCGCACGCAUUCAGAAACGCCACGAUUGUCAGUUUGUCACUAAACAUGAACAGUGAUUUGAAAGAUAUUGAUGAAAACGCUUUUGAUGACAUCACACAUCUUAAUAAACUUGACUUGUCACACACAAAAAUAUCAAGUCUUCCUACUAAAGGUCUCAGUGAAUUGCGGCAUCUAAUCCUUAAAGUGACGCCCUCAUUGAAACAUUUUCCAUCAGUACUAGAAUUCAGAAAAAUUGAACGAGCAGAACUGACGUACCCACAUCAUUGCUGCGCUUUCAUAAAUCCAGAAAAACAAAAUCCUUCGGCCUGGAAAGCUAAACAAGCUCAGGAAAUGAUCAACAAAGCAUGUGCACUUUCUACAUCCCCUUCGCCCACUACUCCAGGUAUACUAAAACCAUCAUCUCUUCCAUCAGAUACGAAAGAUAUCAACAAAUUCGGUGACAUAUUGGACAGAGAAACAUCUCGACAAAACCGUGAAAAACGUCAAAGUUUCGAUGGAUUCGGAGAUAUUGUAAAACUGUUAAAUGAUACAGACACUGAAUCAGGCACUGGCUUUUCGUCUUCUGACCUUUUUGGGAAUUUUAAACCACCUAGCGGUAUGAAUGACAAAAAUGUAGGGUCAGCAAUACACAAUGUAAUGUUUCAUAAGUCGACAGUGUCUAUAAAUGAAAACUUGACCCAAAGAGCAGACUGUGGAGAAAUUUACAUAUAUAACAGAAAUGUUGCAUGUACUCCUGAACCAGACGCAUUUAAUCCAUGCGAGGAUGUUAUGGGAUAUGAAUGGCUAAGAGUUACUGUGUGGUUUGUGCUCCUAGCUGCCUUAUUAGGAAAUAGCGUUGUACUAAUCGUACUCACGUCAAGCCGUGGAAAAUUCACCGUUCCAAAAUUUCUUAUGUGCAAUUUAGCGUUUGCUGAUUUUAUUAUGGGAGUAUACUUAAUUCUUCUUGCUUCUAUAGAUGUUCGUACUUUGGGCGAAUAUUUUAAUCACGCUGUUAAAUGGCAGAAUGAGGGAGGAUGUCAAGCGGCCGGUUUUCUUUCAGUGUUUUCCAGUGAAUUAUCUGUGUUUACAUUAACAAUUUUAACACUUGAGAGAUGGUAUGCAAUUAGCCAUGCUAUUCAUCUUAACAAACGAUUAAAACUCAGACAGUCAGUUGCACUUAUGAUUCUUGGCUAUACAUUUGCUUCUGUUCUUGCACUUUUACCGCUUGUUGGAAUAAGCAGCUACGGUAAUGUCAGUAUUUGCCUCCCAAUGAGGGCAGAGAGUGGAGUCGAUAUUGGAUAUAUUGUGUCACUUCUGAUCAUGAACGGCAUUAUGUUCCUUGCUAUCUGUUUUUGUUACAUCAGUAUGUUUUUAAAAGUGAAGGGCAGUGCAAGUACCCGUAGAAGCAACGAUGCCACAAUAGCAAAACGCAUGUCAUUAUUAGUUUUCACAAAUUUUGCUUGUUGGGCACCAAUUGCUUUUUUUGGACUUACGGCAUCCGCUGGGGUGCCGCUUAUUGAUAUCACUAACUCAAAAAUUUUACUUGUGUUCUUUUAUCCGCUUAAUUCUUGUGCAAACCCAUUUCUAUAUGCGAUCCUAACUAAGCAGUUUAGGAAGGAUGUUUUCAUUUUAUUAGGGAAGUUUGGAAUUUGUGUUGAAAGGGCUAAUAUGUACCGUGGUACUAUGACAUCAAGAACUUUAUCUAACUCGCGUGGGCACAAAGACUCAACUUCACAUCGAAUACAUAGACGUUCUGAGUCGGUUCUAACACAUAUAAGCGGAACUAAUCAAAAUUCAAAGUACUGUGUAAAUGGUAUACCAAAAGUUCACCCAAGUCAUCGCGAGUCGUCAGAGGCCCAACCAUUUAUAGAAAGAAAGAGCCACAUUGAUCGGGCUGCCGAAUUUGCCAAUAAAGAACCGAUGCUGGCGGGAGAAGAUGUCAUUUUAGACUCAUGGGAUAACAGUGAGUCCAAUGAAAUGCAGAAACCACCUAAUCCGAGGUACAUCCGUAGCGUAAGCGAUUAUGUUUCAUUAAAUGCUAAGAAACUACCAGAUAAACAUCAUUCAAGAACAAGAGCUAGUAUAGACACAUUUUUCAGUAGCAGUACUGAUACAACAUAUGUCAGUGACAACUCACAUUCUCAAGACGACGUUUGGCAGAUACGGAAGGACUGCCUUGAACAGAGAAAUAUGGUGAAAGAUAAAGAUAUUGAAACAUCGGUGAUAGAUUCAAAAAAUUCGUAUCCUGUUUUUCCCGUGGACGAAGAUGUAAGUUUCUCUCAACAAAAUUGUUACACAGUGUCAGCUGAUUUAGAUGAAAGCGAUGCAUAUCAACGCGCUAUACGGGAAGAAACAGUCUCUAAAAACGGAGACAACAAAGUUUUAAUAAAAUCAUUAAGUAAACCUGUAAAUAGUACCUUUCAUGAACUUAGAUCUAGAUUUCGUCGAAGCCCUUCGCUGAGCAGCCUAGAUGAGACGAAUGAAAUGCGUUUGCUGGCAAAUACGCAGAUAGACAGAACUUGCGAUUACGAGGAAAAGAACACUGAAAUGAUGUCUGGCGAUGUAUAAGAGAUGGAUGGCAAACGAAAGACGACAGACAUAAUAAAAUGUAAAUACUUCUCGUGUUUAAGUCACAUUAUUUUGUGAAUGAGUGGUGAAUGAAUACAAACUGGCCAGAUGAAACCUACCAUGUGUAAUAGUCAUUGUAUCAAGUGAAUUUUAUACCGAUAAAAUGGUAUUUAACAUCGGGAACUACAAAGUUUUUAUAGAAACUGAUUCCAUAUAGUGUCACACUACAAAAAAAUGAUGUACAGAAAUAUAUCUGCUAUAAACAAGCUUGACAUUUACAUUUUCGAUUUUCUACGCAAGCAUCUUAAAUUUCCUUUAGACAUACACUCAGCAAAACCUAUAACGCCUUUUCAACAUUUCUUGCAAUAUCUCAUAUAUUACAAUUAAUAUAUUUAUAAAAUUUGUCGUAUGUUUAGAAGAAAAUGUUUUAGAUACAAAAAUGUAGUAAAAUGUCAACAGAAUUUGA